AUGUUUCGUGUAUUGAUUAGCGCUUUAGUCAUCUUUUUGGUAUUUAUUUCUAAUGCUAAGACGCAGUCUUCUGAUUCUCCAUUAGAAAUUAACGAUCGAAUAGUUGGUGGUUCAGCAGUAAAAGUUAGAUAUCGCAACUUUCAAGUUGCCCUUAUAGUAGGACCAUAUGUUUGUGGUGGCUCAUUACUUUCGAUGCAAUGGAUUUUGUCUGCUGCUCAUUGUGUAUAUGGAGAGUCAGUAAGUUCGACAUACGCCCGUGCCGGUUCUAAUAAUUGGGAUUAUGGUGGUGUUGUAAAAUGGGCCAAAACACUUAUACCUCAUAGUAACUAUGAUCCAGAAACAUAUGAUUUUGAUAUUUCUCUGAUUCUUCUAAAGAGUCCUUUCACAAGAAAUGAAUUUGUGGAUUCUAUUCCAAGAGCUUCAAAUCUACCAGCAGAUGGUAAACUCUUGGAAGUAUCAGGUUAUGGUACGACUUCAUCAGGGGGUAAUUUUGCACCAUAUUUGCUAAAUGUUUUCGUCAAUAUGAUCUCAUUUGAAAAAUGUAAUCAGUUAUACGAUGGUGAAUUGACUGAAAGAAUGUUUUGUGCUGGUGUACCAGAGGGUGGAAAAGAUUCAUGUCAAGGUGAUUCUGGUGGUCCGAUAACAUAUAAUGGAUAUUUGAUAGGUGUUGUUUCAUGGGGCUAUGGAUGUGCUGCAAAAGAAUACCCUGGGGUUUAUACAAGAGUACCAUAUUUUGACACGUGGAUUGAAAAUACGAUGAGAAAUAAUAAUUAA